GAGGCUGACAUGAUGGAGCGGAGGUGAGCCGAUGUCCUGGGAGUCCAGGUUUGAAUAAACAACGCUUGUAUUCUAGUGCAGUGGGUGGAGUUAAGAAUGCUUUAGGUACAGGAGAAGCUGUUGCCUUCACACGCAGGAGCCAUGCGUAAUAAGUGUGACCGCCGCCGGUGAGGAGGAUGCUGGAGCAUGAAACAGGAGCAGACAUGCGACUUGUACGUCAAAUCAGCAAAGGUAUGAAGAUCCAGGCCGGAGGUGAGCACAGGGGCUGCAGCAAGGAAAGCCAGGAGAACCAGGUCAUCUGUUUGCAAUGUCAAGAAGAGGUGGUCCGGGUUUGUCCGGGUAGUCCGCGCAGUCCUCGCCGCGCCAUCGCGACGCGCCUCUCCUCCGGAUCCGCAGAUCGUGAGCCCAGCAGUAGCAGCUACAAUGUCUCUUCAGGAACCUUCUACAGCUGCGUCAGUCAGAUCACCAUCGGGUUUGACCUCGGGGGUCAAGUGGCCAUCGGGUUCUCCCACUGGAAGAGUCCUUUCCCAUCGACCAGCCAGAAUCUCCCCAGUCCGGACUGCGUUCGCUCAGAGGCCUCUGCCGUGCCACCCAUCAGCGAGCAUCUCGAGCCGCUGUCCUGCCCAGCCUCUCUGUCAAUCACCCCGCUGCCCACCUUCAGUGCCAGUCAGGAGACGCUCUGCGACAGCAGCACAAGUGUGAGUUUAUCUCUACAUGGGUCUGAGCCCAAACGGCGGAGCCCCCGACGCAGAGUCCAGCUGCAGCCCUCGGUCUCAGGCUACCAGGCAGCGGACAGAAUUCUCGCUUUCUCCUUCUGUGGGAAGGCUGACAUCAUGGAGGAAUCCUCGGGGGAAGCCCCGGACUCCAGCACCCAAGAUGAUCUGCCUCCCCUCGCUGUGAAGGAUGUUAAUGUGCUGCUUGACAGAAAAAGGUCAGAUGGCAUCAGCAGUCCGUCCAGAGACGACGACUCCACCCUGCUGAAUCAGGGAACCCACAGCAGCAUCCUUGACGACAACACAAAGUCCGAUUCUAGCCUCCCAGAGGGGAGGGGUAAAUCCAGAGGCCUUUGCUUGAGCAAUGGAAAGAGCCGUAUCGACUACAUCCUGGUUUACAGGAAGUCCAGCUCACAGUCAGAGAAGCGGGAGAUAUUUGAGCGGAACAUCCGUGCUGAGGGCUUACAGAUGGAAAAGGAGGCCUCUGUAACAAACAGUGACGUGAUUUUCCUGAAGCUUCAUGCACCAUGGGAUGUCCUCUGUCGCUAUGCAGAGCUUAUGAACAUCCGCAUGCCUUUUAGGAGGAAAAUCUUUUACAUGCAUCGACGGCACAAGUUCAUGAGCAGGAUGGAGAAGCGCAUCAACAAAUUUCGUGGUUGGCUUCCCCGCAAGCCCAUGAAGUUCGACGACACUCUGCCCGACCUGGAGGAGAACGAGAGCUUUACCGCCCCCUUCAGUCGAUCAAGGAUACAUCACUUCAUCAUCCACAACAAAGACACUUUUUUCAACAACGCCACCAGAAGUCGCAUCGUUCACCACAUCCUCCAGCGGGUCAAAUAUGAGGAGGGUAAAAAUAAGAUGGGGAUUAAUCGUCUUUUGAGCAAUAAUUCAUAUGAUGCAGCUUUCCCGCUUCAUGAGGGGAGAUAUCACAGUAAAAACUCCAUCAGAACACAUGGAGCAGAGAACCACCGGCAUCUACUGUACGAAUGCUGGGCUUGGUGGGGGGUUUGGUACAAGUACCAACCGCUGGACCUCAUCAGGAGGUAUUUCGGGGAGAAGAUUGGUCUGUACUUUGCCUGGCUUGGCUGGUACACAGGGAUGCUGUUUCCUGCAGCUAUGGUGGGGCUCUUGGUAUUCCUAUAUGGCGUCUUCACUCUGGAGCACUGCCAGGUCAGUAAAGAAAUCUGCCAAGCCACUGACAUCAUCAUGUGCCCCAUCUGUGACCGGUACUGCCCCUACCUGAGACUGUCAGACAGCUGCAUCUAUGCCAAGGUCACCCAUCUCUUCGACAAUGGGGCAACUGUUUUCUUUGCUGUGUUCAUGGCUGUUUGGGCGACAGUCUUCCUGGAGUUCUGGAAAAGGCGCCGAGCUGUCCUUGCGUACGACUGGGACCUCCUCGACUGGGAGGAAGAGGAGGAUGAAAUACGCCCACAGUUUGAGGCCAAAUACUCCAAGAAAGAGAGGAUGAACCCCAUAUCUGGAAAGCCAGAGCCUUAUCAGGCCUUCACUGACAAAUACAGUCGCCUCAUCGUCUCAGCAUCUGGGAUCUUCUUCAUGAUCCUGGUGGUGAUCGCCGCCGUGUUUGGCAUCGUCAUUUACCGCGUGAUCACCGUCAGCACCUUCGCCGCCUUCGGCUGGGCCCUCAUCAGGAACAACUCUCAGGUGGCGACCACGGGAACGGCAGUCUGCAUCAACUUCUGCAUGAUCAUGCUCCUCAACGUGCUCUAUGAAAAAGUUGCUCUUCUUCUCACUAAUUUAGAACAGCCAAGGACAGAGUCAGAGUGGGAGAACAGCUUUACACUCAAGAUGUUCCUCUUUCAGUUUGUCAACCUCAACAGUUCAACUUUCUACAUUGCCUUCUUUUUGGGGAGAUUUACAGGCCGGCCCGGUGCAUAUCUACGCCUCAUCAAUCGCUGGAAACUGGAAGAAUGCCACCCCAGUGGCUGUCUCAUUGACCUCUGUAUGCAGAUGGGGAUCAUCAUGGUGCUAAAACAGACCUGGAACAAUUUCAUGGAGCUUGGCUACCCGCUGAUCCAGAACUGGUGGACACGACGGAAGCUGAGGAGAGAGCACGGACAGAUAGCCAAGGCCAGCUUCCCACAGUGGGAGAGGGAUUACAACCUACAGCCAAUGAAUGCCUAUGGACUCUUUGAUGAAUACUUAGAAAUGAUUUUACAGUUUGGCUUCACCACCAUCUUCGUGGCAGCUUUCCCUCUGGCUCCUCUCUUAGCGCUGCUCAACAACAUAAUUGAGAUCCGUUUAGACGCCUACAAGUUUGUCACACAGUGGCGACGACCUCUGCCUUCACAAGCCAAAGACAUCGGGAUCUGGUAUGGCAUUCUGGAGGGCAUCGGCAUCUUGUCUGUCAUCACCAACGCCUUUGUCAUCGCUGUUACCUCAGACUUCAUCCCUCGCCUUGUUUACGCUUACAAGUAUGGACCUUGUGCUGGUCAAGGCCGAGCAGGGGAGGGGUGCAUGAUGGGUUAUGUCAACGCUAGUCUCUCAGUAUUCCGGGUGUCUGACUUUGAGAAGAGAUCACAGCCCAGGACGACUGGCGCCGAGCUGUUGGGAGAAGCUGUGAAGUAUUGCAGGUAUCGAGACUACAGGGAGCCUCCAGACUCUGCUGAGCCAUACUCAUACACUCUGCAGUUCUGGCACGUCCUGGCAGCCCGGCUUGCAUUCAUCAUUGUAUUUGAGCAUAUGGUCUUUGCCAUCAAGACCCUGAUCGCGUACCUGAUCCCUGACCUUCCCAAGGAUCUGCGAGACAGAAUGCGCAGAGAGAAAUACCUGAUCCAGGAGAUGAUGUAUGAGGCAGAGUUGGAGAGACUGCAGAAGGAGAAGAACGAGAAGAAGAAGAAAGACAGGGCCCAUCACAAGGAAUGGCCCUGAAUGCACCAACUGGUUAUCAGCUGGUGUUUGGUUCACUGCACAGUAGAGGAAGGAGAGGAGCGCUGGGUUUCCUGCAUGAUACUGGACCCUCAUGCCUUCCUCUUGCCAUGACAGACCAGCACCUCCUAGUGGACAGUUGAUGAACUGCAUCCAGCAGUGACCACAGAGCCCAUGUGUCUGCAUAAAUAACGGAUGACCUCUUGAACAUUUGACAGCAGGUUUUGCUACUUUUUCUUUUUCUUCCUCCAGAUAGUUUCUACCACUUUUGACUCUCAACAGUGUAUGUCUUCAGAAUCCUGAAUGUAGUAAUUUCAAGCAAGACUAAACUUUUACAGAUUUCUUGUUUUAGACGAGAGAAAUAACUCUUCCGAGCUUACUGAAUGACAAACCCUGUUUACAUUUCUCCUUGUUUGAGGAGUUCACAUUUUUUUGCUUUAUUGUAAAUAAAGAUAUUUAAAUGAAUGUCAGGCCAUCUGCUCUGCUAAAAAUGUAGUGCAAUAAAAACUAUAGAAUGCAAUUUUAUUUCAGAAAUUGCGGUGGGAUUGCUGGCUGCUGGACGCUGAGCUGUGUUGCUUCAUGUAUAGCUGAGCACCAAACUGUAGGGAGGCACAAAAUUGGAUUUCACAGAUCACAUAAUGAUAUUUUUCAAACUAAUUUUGUCCAAUUGCCAAUGCGAAGAACAUCAAGAAGUCUCUCCUGAAUUAGAAUUAACAUAUAAUAUUCCUGCUAAUUAAAAUACAAUGCUUUUCAAAGUGUGCAUACUGAAUGGGCAAAAUAAGAAAACUACUGCUGACAGGCUUUCUCCGUUGGUGCCUGUUCAUCUUUGGUGUAAUGAUUGGGAUGGCGGCUCUUAAGAUGGGCAGUUAGGUUGGUAGUGUUGAAGGAAUGUGAUUUGGCCCCUCCUUGCAUUACCAUUACCAUUGAAAGCAACUUUUCUAUCCUCUGCAGAGACUCCAGACAUACUUGUUGCACCCAUUUCAAAUAGUGUGUGCACAAUGCAAAUGUACAUUGUGAAUGUACAGCUGAAUGACAAUAAAGUCUGUCUAAGUCUUGUUGCACUAAUAGUGUGUGCACAAUGUUGACUGCAAAUGUUCACUUCAGCCCCAUACUUCAUUUUAAAGUCUUUAUGAUACAGAGGCCAUGACGAUAUUAUCGUGCGUCCCUACUAGACUGUAUUGCUUAGAAAGCUGGAAGCUGAACUGUAUUGCUUCAUGUGCAGACGGGAGCUGAACAACAUUGUUUGAUGAAUGGCCAGGAGCUAAACUGCAUCGCUCUCUUAACUUCAUAUGAAGGAGCAGUUAAAGUAUUGAGAGCAAAAUGUUGAUAGGCAGUUAUAGCUUAAGGACUGAGUUUAGGUAUUGGUUGGAAUAAGAUUAAAGCUGAGGCCCUAUGAGCACUGCUAUGACGUAGAUGAGUUGCUUGCAAGUGUGUGUGUAGGUCUGUGUGUGUAUGACCAUCUUACAGUGUUAUUGUUCUCACUAACACUUGCGUUGCUGCCUUAAAGCCUUCUGUGAGAUACAGUAUGAGGUAGCAGUUUACCUGUUUUUUAUACCGUUAAACAUGUAUGCAUGCAAAUGUUUCUCCCAUAGUCUGAACAUACAGCAUAUGUAUACAUUUCUAUAACGAGUUCCUUUUUGACUUGUUAUGUGUGCAUGUGUGUGUGUUUGUGUCACGUCAGUUAAGAACCAACUGCCGAGGGGCUCAGACUUGAGACUCAUCUGCAAUUAAAGGUUUUACAGCUGAGUGACUCCAGGUUCAUUUACUAGAGAUUAAGGAGAGAGAAGAACCAUUCAAAUUCUGUCUUAUUACUCAUCAAGCAUAAUGUCUGUCACAUAUAUUUUUACAUCUUGAAAGAAAGUGGACUCCAACACGUUGUUGUGAAAUAUGUCUGUGGUGUUUAAAAAAGUCCUUUGCUUUACUCCUGAAAUCUAUCAGUGUCAGAGUCACUGAGAGAACCUGACGGUACAACUGUCACUUUGAGGCUCAUAGCACAAAAUGUUUGAAAAGGGGAUGAAUUUGUCUGUUUUGAUGAAAAACGAUGUAGACUGAGAUCAUUUUUUUUAGAUAAAUUGGAACAUUUUGAAGAGUUGAAUUGCUUAACCCCACUUAUGAAUUCUGAACAUCCUGCCCAUUCAUUUCAAUGGGGGAAAAAUACAGAAAAGCAUUCAAUAUUUUGGAAAGUACUAAAAAUACAAACACUUAAUUCCAAGAAUGUCUACAAUGAGCUGGCCACUUUGAAGUGGAACAGUGUGAACAAGGUAGAAUCAGGACAAUAAGUGAAAGAAACCACAGACUGGAUUGCAGCUGUUGCCCAGCAAUCCCACCAAUAAAGAGAAACCAAGAAUACGUUACUUAGAGAUCUAUUCUAUCCGAGCCGUGGCAGUGUCCACAAGUUGGCUUCAACUGAAAACGCUUUCCAUUGGAAUUUAGAUGAAUAA